AUGCCGUUGAACAAAUCGUCGCCCAGCUUUGGGUGGCGAAUGCUGCGGCUCGCUUCUCCCCAAUGCGGCCUCUUGGCAUUACGGCCACAUUCAACAGCCGGCCACGUCCGGCGGACGAUUGCUACACGGGCCACGUCGGCAGCGAACCUGAAUGACGGUGCCCCGCCUCCCUCUGUUGAUCGCUUCACUGCGGGUCCAGCAACGACUGAGGUGCAGAGGCCCGAGCGGGAGCCCGGCCGUCGGCAGCGACAGGAACAACUGAAAAAUGCUCGACCGUUUUCCGAAUUCCUGACCGAUGGCUUUCAGCGCCAGCACGACUACCUGCGCAUAUCGCUGACGGAGCGUUGCAAUCUGCGGUGUCUCUACUGCAUGCCCGAGGAGGGUGUGGAGCUGUCGCCGGAACGGAACCUGCUGACGACGCCUGAGAUUGUGCUGCUUGCCAAUGUGUUUGUGGCGCAGGGCGUCAACAAGAUCCGUCUCACGGGCGGCGAGCCGACGGUGCGGCGCGACAUCUUGCCGCUGAUGCGGCAGCUCGGCGCGCUGCAGCGCCUCGGCCUGCGGGAGCUGUGCCUGACGACAAACGGGCUGGCGCUGCACCGCAAGCUUGAGGCCAUGGUCGAGGCUGGUUUGACGGGCGUCAACCUGAGCCUGGACACGCUCGAUCCGAUGCAGUUCCGGUUGAUGACGCGACGCGACGGGUUCUCGGCGGUGCAGCGGAGCAUGGAUCGGAUUCUGGAGCUCAACAAGGCGGGCGCGGGGAUCCGUCUCAAAAUCAACUGUGUCGUGAUGCGUGGGCUGAACGACAACGAGCUGGGCAAAUUUGUGGGGCUGACACGGGACCACGACCUCGAGGUGCGGUUCAUCGAGUACAUGCCGUUUGACGGCAACCGGUGGAGCACGGGCAAGAUGGUCAGCUUCAACGAGAUGCUGGAACGCAUCGGCGCGGACUACCCGACGCUGCAGCGCAUGGUGCCGGACGCACAUCACAACGGACCGCACGAUACGAGUAAGACGUACGAGGUGCCUGGCUUCGCGGGCCGCGUGGGCUUCAUCACGAGCAUGACGCACAACUUUUGCGGCGGAUGCAACCGACUGCGGAUCACGAGCGACGGGAGCCUUAAAGUGUGUCUCUUUGGCAACGCCGAGGUCUCACUGCGGGAUAUUAUGCGGCAAGCCAACAGUGGGGAGCCCAUCGAUGAGGCGGCCAUGGCCGAGAUGGUGCGGCUUGCUAAAGAGGCCUCGUCCGCCGCUACGGCACAAGAACCCAACUUGGACAUACAGUUGAGCGAUGUCUUACCAAACGCCUCUGAGCUGCUCGAUGUGAUUGGCAUGGCAGUGAAGCGCAAGAAGGAGCGCCACGCGGGCAUCGGCGAGCUAGAGCACAUGAAGAACCGGCCGAUGAUCUUGAUAGGUGGGUAG